GAUACCGUCUGCCAGUGGUAGUAAUUUCUACACGCUCACCGCCUUCCUAGGGGGCCGAGUUUUCCACGCUUUUCUCACGCUGGCCAUGGCGAACCGAGGGGUUCGGCAGCGCCUGAAGGCCAGCGGCGGUGGCGGCGGCGGCGGCAGCGGCGGGGACACGGGCGCCUCGGCCGACAAGCUGCGGGAGCUGCUGAGCAGCCGGGAGGCGGGCGGCGCGGACCCGCGGAGCAAGUCAUCAGGGAACAAAGCAGGACAAGUUUGGGCACCUGAAGGGUCGACGGCUUUCAAGUGUCUGCUCUCAGCAAGGUUAUGUGCUGCUCUUCUAAGCAACAUAUCUGACUGUGAUGAAACAUUCAACUACUGGGAACCAACACACUACCUCAUCUAUGGGAAGGGAUUUCAGACUUGGGAAUAUUCCCCAGUUUAUGCCAUUCGGUCUUAUGCUUACCUGUUACUUCAUGCCUGGCCAGCUGCAUUUCAUGCAAGAAUUCUACAGACUAAUAAGAUUCUUGUCUUUUAUUUUUUACGAUGUCUACUGGCCUUUGUGAGCUGUAUCUGUGAACUUUACUUUUAUAAAGCUGUGUGCAAGAAGUUUGGGCUGCAUGUAGGUCGGAUGAUGCUAGCCUUCUUGGUUCUCAGCACUGGUAUGUUUUGCUCAUCAGCAGCAUUCCUUCCUAGCAGCUUCUGUAUGUAUACCACAUUGAUAGCCAUGACGGGCUGGUAUACAAACAAGAUUUCCAUUGCUGUGCUUGGAGUAGCAGCUGGAGCUAUCCUAGGUUGGCCAUUCAGUGCAGCACUAGGUUUACCCAUUGCCUUUGAUUUGCUGGUAGUGAAGCAUGUGUGGAAGAGUUUCUUGCACUGGUCGCUAGUGGCUCUAAUACUCUUUCUGGUGCCAGUGGUGGUUAUCGACAGCUACUAUUACGGCAAGUUGGUGAUUGCGCCUGUCAACAUUGUUCUAUAUAAUGUCUUUACUCCUCAUGGGCCUGAUCUUUAUGGUACAGAACCCUGGUAUUUCUAUUUAAUUAAUGGAUUUCUGAAUUUCAAUGUAGCUUUUGCUUUGGCUCUGCUGGUCUUGCCUCUGACUUCUCUUAUGGAAUACCUACUGCAGAGAUUUCAUGUUCAGAAUUUAGGCCACCCAUUUUGGCUUACUCUGGCUCCAAUGUAUAUUUGGUUUUUUAUUUUCUUCACCCAGCCUCACAAAGAGGAGAGGUUUCUUUUCCCUGUAUAUCCACUUAUAUGUCUCUGUGGUGCUGUGGCUCUUUCUGCACUUCAGAAAUGUUACCACUUUGUGUUUCAACGAUACCGCCUGGAACAUUACACCGUGACAUCGAAUUGGAUGGCUUUAGGAACAGUCUUCCUGUUUGGGCUCUUAUCCUUUUCUCGGUCUGUGGCACUGUUUAGAGGAUAUCAUGGGCCCCUUGAUUUGUAUCCUGAAUUUUACCGAAUUGCUACAGACCCAGCCAUCCACACUGUCCCAGAAGGCAGACCUGUGAACGUCUGUGUAGGCAAAGAGUGGUAUCGAUUUCCCAGCAGCUUCCUUCUGCCUGAUAAUUGGCAACUUCAGUUCAUUCCAUCAGAGUUCAGGGGCCAGUUACCAAAGCCUUUUGCAGAGGGACCACUGGCCACCCGGAUUGUUCCUACCAAUAUGAAUGAUCAGAACUUAGAAGAGCCAUCCAGAUAUAUUGAUAUCAGUAAGUGCCAUUACUUAGUGGACUUGGAAACCAUGAGUGAAACACCCCGGGAACCAAAAUAUUCAUCUAACAGAGAAGAAUGGAUCAACUUGGCCUCCAGACCAUUCCUUGAUGCUUCUAGAUCUUCAAAACUAUUGCGAGCAUUCUAUGUCCCCUUCUUAUCAGACCAGUAUACAGUGUAUGCAAACUACACCAUCCUCAAACCCCGGAAAGCAAAACAAACCAGGAAGAGGAGCGGAGACCGAAGAAGAUCAGAACCAACUUACAGAAAGAACUGAAAACCUUCUACUAGAUGGCUGUGUUAAUUAAGCUGUUCUCUUCACUCUGGCCUGGCAUCUGAGAAUUAGCAAACCUCUCUUGGGCCAUAUGAACUUCUCCACCAAAGCUGUUUGGCAACUCCUAGCAGACCUUCUUAUUUAAAUUCUAAUGCUGAAACUAAGUACAGCCUAGAUGCCAACCUCCAUGUCCUUUCACCUCCAGCGAGACUAAGCUUCUCUAAAGCAUUUCACAGGACUAAGAUCCUGUCCUGGAGAUUUCUCAGGAAAAAGGCCAACCAUUUGAGGAACUGGAACCGAAUUUGCUUAAUAAGAUGCCUCAUUUUCAUCUUACUUUACAACAAACUGUAACUAUGUGGAUUUUUUUUUAAGGUUUAGCAUGCUAUUUCUUGAAUUCCAGUCUUUCCUAUAUAAAAGUAUCACGAGAUCACACUGUAACUAUACAAAACAUAUUUGGAAAAAUGAAUUCUAUAGUUGGUAUAUUAGAUAACAUCACAUUUUAAAUAAUGUAUUCUGAAGCCA